AUGGAAUCCGAUUUCCCGAAAUCCUCACUCUUCUCUUCGGAUCAGCGCCUCUGCUCUGCCCAAAUCCUCGAUCCUUCGCAGGUUCGGGCAAGAAUCGAGGUGGCCGUGAUCAAGUUUCUCAAUGCGUUGUCUUCUCCAACGCCUGCAAUAUCCUCUCUUCCACUGAUUUGCAGGAAAUCGAGUAACAGUGAUGUUCGCUGUGGGCUGCUUAGCGAUGUUUCCUCCGUCUUCCUCUCACAUUCUUUCUUCAGUAGGUCAUUCUUGCGAGCUGGCCAUGCUAAGGCCUUCAUUAGAGUGUGGAAAGUCAUGGAGAUGUGUUUUCAGAUCCUGAGUCAGGGAAAGCUGGUAACCCAGAGGGAGCUUUUCUAUAAGCUGCUCUGUGAUUCUCCGAAUUAUUUUUCUUCACAGAGAGAUGCUAACAGGGCCGUUCAGGACGUUGUUGCUUUGCUUCGUUGCACUCGUAAUAGUCUUGGGAUCAUAGCUUCUAGUAGAGGUACAAUCAUUGGGCGUUUGUCCAUAAAGAAUCAAGAAGGGGAUAUUGUUGAUUGUUCGGGGCUUGGACCUGCUGGAUACGCUAUUAGUGGAGACUUGAAUCUAUUAAGCAAACUGGAAUUUCGUUCUGAUGCUCGAUACAUUAUUGUAGUUGAGAAGGAUGCCAUUUUCCAAAGAUUAGCUGAAGAUUGCCUGUUCAAUCUGGUUCCAUGCAUUCUAAUAACAGCCAAGGGUUAUCCAGACAUUGCCACAAGGUUUCUCCUAUUUCGACUAAACCAAACUUUUUCUGAACUGCCAAUCUUGGGCUUAGUAGAUUGGAAUCCAGCCGGAUUAGCAAUAUUAUCCACCUAUAAGUAUGGCAGCAUUGCCAUGGGCUUGGAGUCUUAUAGAUAUGCGUGCAAUAUUAAGUGGCUUGGGCUACGCAAAGAUGACCUUCAGAUAUUACCUCAGCCAGCAUUCAUAAAUCUGAAACCACGUGAUCUGCAAAUAGCUAAAAGUUUAUUGUCAUCAAAAACAUUGCAGGAAAAAUAUAGAGCAGAGCUUACUGCAAUGGUUGAAAUGGGGCAUAGAGUGGAAAUUGAGGCCCUAUACUUCCGUGGAUUUAACUUCCUAAGCCAGUACAUUGCUACAAAGAUUGUAAAGUCUGAUUAUAUCUAAGAUCAUGGAAAUAUCUCAGCGGAAGCUUCGUGAUUCGUGGUUGCUGUGAGAAGAACCU